GCCUCCCGAGGCAUGCUGGGAGCCUGGAGGACUAGCGAGGAGGAGCUGAGAGAACGGAGCGGACGCCAUGGCGACCAACAUCGAGCAGAUUUUUAGGUCUUUCGUGGUCAGCAAAUUCCGGGAAAUUCAACAGGAACUUUCCAGUGGGAGGAAUGAAGGCCAGCUGAAUGGUGAAACCAGUACACCUAUUGAAGGAAACCAGGCAGGUGAUUCAGCUGCUUCUGCCAGGAGCCUACCAAAUGAAGAAAUAGUGCAAAAGAUAGAGGAAGUACUUUCUGGGGUUUUAGAUACAGAACUACGAUAUAAACCAGACUUGAAGGAGGCUUCCAGAAAAAGUAGAUGUGUAUCUGUACAAACAGAUCCUACUGAUGAAAUUCCUAGCAAAAAGUCAAAGAAGCAUAAAAAGCACAAAAAUAAAAAAAAGAAAAAGAAGAAAGAAAAGGAGAAAAAAUAUAAAAGACAGCCAGAAGAACCUGAGUCAAAGCCAAAAUCUCAUCAUGAUGGGAACAUAGAUAUAGAAUCAGAUUCCUUUUUGAAGUUUGAUUCUGAGCCUUCAGUGAUGGGACUGGAGCAUCCUGUAAGAGCACUUGGCUUAUCUGAGACCGGUGAUUCCCCUGCAGUUGUGCUAGAACCUCCUGUAGUUGCAAUGGAGGUAUCAGAGCCACACAACUUUGAAACUCUGAAGCCAGCUACAAAGACUGCAGAAUUGCAAGUUGAGUCUACAUCUGUCAUCUCAGAGCAGUCAGAGCAUUCUAUGGCAGUAAUGCUGGAACCAUCCACGGCAAAGAUUCUGGAUUGCUUUCCAGCAGCACCAGUGCCUACCCCAGCACUAGUGCUGAAGUCACCUGAGCCGGUUGUAACAAUGUCGAUGGAGUAUCAGAUGACUCCUGUGCUGAAACCUUUGGAGAGCACAUCUCCAGAGCCAUCAAAGAUCGUGUUGGUAGAGCCUCCAGUAGCAAAAAUGCUAGAGUCAGCAGAAACCCUCGUGGAAUCCUCAGAGACAUCUGCUGAGGUGCACCCUGAGCCAAGCACAUCGACAACAACGGGCUUUCCAGAGUCAUCUGCACCUGACGUACUAAGAUUGACAGAGCAGCCUGUAGAAGUACCAUUGGAGAGUGCAGAUUCAUCCAUCACAAGACCGCAGGAGUUGCUGGAGCUGCCUAAGGCCACGGCGUUGGAGCUGCCGGAGUCGUCGGUGGCUUCAGUGAUGGAGUUGCAGGGGCCACCUGCGACCUCCAUGCCGGAGAUGCAGGGGCCCUCUGUGACUCCAGCGCUGGAGUUACCUGGGCUUUCUGCUACUCCGGUGCCAGAGUUGCCAGGGCCCCCUUCUACCCCAGUGCCUGAGUUGCCAGGGCCCCCUGCGACUGUAGUGUCUGAGUUGCCGGGGCCCUCUGUGACACCAGUGCCACAGUUGUUGCAGGAAUUGCCAGGGCUCCCAGCAUCAUCUGUGGGGCUGGAGCCACCACAGGAGGUGCCAGAGCCACCUGUGAUGGCACAGGAGUUGCCAGGGCUGCCUGUGGUGACAGCGGCAGUAGAGUUGCCAGGGCAGCCUGUGGUGACAGUAGCAAUGGAGUUGACCGAACAACCUGUGACGACGACUGAGUUGGAGCAGCCUUUGGGGAUGACAACGAUGGAACACCCUGGGCAGGCUGAGGUGACAACAGCAACAGGGUUGCUGAGGCAGCCCGAGGCAGCGAUGGUGCUGGAGUUGCCAGGACAGCCAGUGGCAACGACAGCGCUGGAGUUGCCGGGGCAGUCUUCGGUGACUGGGGUGCCAGAGCUGCCAGGGCUGCCUUCGGCAACUAGGGCGCUGGAGUUGUCGGGGCAGCCUGUGGCAACUGGGGCACUAGAGUUGUCUGGGCAGCUCAUGGCAGCAGGGGCACUGGAGUUCUCGGGGCAGUCUGGGGCAGCUGGAGCACUGGAGCUUUUGGGGCAGCCCCUGGCAACAGGGGUGCUGGAGUUGCCCGGGCAGCCUGGGGCACCAGAGUUGCCUGGGCAGCCUGUGGCAACUGUGGCGCUGGAGAUUUCUGUUCAGUCUGUGGUGACAACAUCGGAGCUGUCAACGAUGACCGUGUCGCAGUCCCUGGAGGUGCCCUCGACGACAGCGUUGGAAUCCUAUAAUACGGUAGCACAGGAGCUGCCUACUACAUUAGUGGGGGAAACUUCUGUAACAGUAGGAGUGGACCCCUUGAUGGCCCAAGAAUCCCAUAUGUUAGCUUCUAACACCAUGGAGACCCAUAUGUUAGCAUCCAACACCAUGGACUCCCAGAUGUUAGCGUCCAACACCAUGGACUCCCAGAUGUUAGCGUCCAACACCAUGGACUCCCAGAUGUUAGCCUCUAGCACCAUGGACUCCCAAAUGUUAGCAACUAGCUCCAUGGACUCCCAGAUGUUAGCAACCAGCUCCAUGGACUCCCAGAUGUUAGCAACCAGCUCUAUGGACUCCCAGAUGUUAGCAACCAGCUCCAUGGACUCCCAGAUGUUAGCGACCAGCUCCAUGGACUCCCAGAUGCUAGCGACCAGCUCCAUGGAUUCCCAGAUGUUAGCAACUAGCUCUAUGGACUCCCAGAUGUUAGCAACUAGCUCUAUGGACUCCCAGAUGCUAGCAACCAGCACCAUGGACUCCCAGAUGUUAGCAACUAGCUCUAUGGAUUCUCAGAUGUUAGCAUCUGGUACUAUGGACUCUCAAAUGUUAGCUUCCGGCACCAUGGAUGCCCAGAUGCUAGCAUCUGGUACCAUGGAUGCCCAGAUGUUAGCAUCUAGUACCCAAGAUUCUGCUAUGUUGGAUUCAAAAUCUCCUGAUGCCUAUAGGUUAGCUCAGGAUCCUUACAGAUUAGCCCAAGAUCCCUACAGGUUAGGACAUGACCCUUAUCGGUUAGGUCAUGAUGCCUAUAGGUUAGGACAGGACCCGUAUAGAUUAGGCCAUGAUCCCUACAGACUAACUCCUGAUCCCUAUAGAAUGUCACCUAGACCUUAUAGGAUAGCACCUAGGUCAUAUAGGAUAGCAACUAGGCCAUAUAGGUUAGCACCUAGACCCCUGAUGUUAGCAUCUAGACGUUCUAUGAUGAUGUCCUAUGCUGCAGAACGUUCCAUGAUGUCAUCUUACGAACGCUCUAUGAUGUCCUAUGAGCGGUCUAUGAUGUCCCCUAUGGCUGAGCGUUCUAUGAUGUCAGCUUAUGAGCGCUCUAUGAUGUCAGCCUACGAGCGCUCUAUGAUGUCUCCUAUGGCUGAACGCUCAAUGAUGUCAGCUUAUGAGCGCUCUAUGAUGUCAGCUUAUGAGCGCUCCAUGAUGUCUCCCAUGGACCGAUCUAUGAUGUCCAUGGGUGCUGACCGGUCUAUGAUGUCGUCAUACUCUGCUGCUGACCGGUCUAUGAUGUCAUCGUACUCUGCAGCUGACCGAUCUAUGAUGUCAUCUUACACCGCUGAUCGUUCAAUGAUGUCUAUGGCGGCCGAUUCUUACACUGAUUCUUAUACUGAUACAUACACGGAGGCAUAUAUGGUGCCACCUUUGCCUCCUGAGGAACCCCCUACAAUGCCUCCAUUGCCACCUGAGGAGCCACCAAUGACACCACCACUGCCUCCUGAGGAACCACCAGAGGGCCCUGCAUUAACCACUGAGCAGUCAGCAUUAACAGCUGAAAGUACAUGGCCUACUGAGUUGCCAGCAUUGCCUCCUGAAGAGUCAGUAUCGCUGCCAGAGCCUCCUGUAAGUCAGAGUGAGAUUUCAGAACCUUUGGCAGUGCCUGCUAAUUAUUCAGUGUCAGCAUCAGAGCCAACAGUGUUAGCAGCAGAGGCUAUUGUGGGUGUUGCAGAGCCACCGUCAGAGCCAGUGUCUUCAGUUACAUCAACACCUGUACAGUCUGCUGAAGUAGCAGAACAUGAAAUGAUUGCAGAGACACCAGUGACUUCUGUGGUGUCAGAAACUCCCAUAAUGUCAGCAGAACCAACUAUGUUCACAUCACAGCCUGCUCUUACGCCAGAGAUGGCAGAAACCUUUGAUUCCUUGAGAGCUUCAGGACAUGCUGCUUCAGAAGUAUCUAUGUCUCCCUUGGAGCCAGCGGUAACUAUUCCAGAGUCAACACAGAGUACUUCAGAGCUGCCAGCCAUGGUUGUCUCAGAGUUACCCAGCACGGUUGUCCCAGAGCCACCGGCCAUGGCAGUCCCAGAGCCGCCAGCCAUGGCAGUCCCAGAGUUGCCAGCCAUGGCUGUCACAGAGUCGUCAGCAGUGGCUGUCCCGGAGCCGCUGGUGGCAGCUGGCCCAGAGCCACUGGCUGUCUCAGAGGUGCUGGUGGUGGCUGUCUCGGAGUCACCUGCUGUGAUUGAGCCAGAGCAUCUUCCUGUUCCUGUGCCAGUGGUUUCUGCCCUGGAGCCUACUGUGCCUAUUGUGGACCCAGCAGUGUCAGUUCUUCAGCCUGCCAUGAUUGCUUCAGAACCAUCUGUUUCUGUUCAGGAAUCCACUCUGACCGUUUCAGAGCCUGCUGUCACUGUCUCGGCGCAGACUCAAGUAAUAUCAACAGAGCUGGUCUUAGAGUCUACAUCAGUGAUACUGGAGUCUAGUGUAAUGUCCUCAACACACAUCAUAAAGGGGAUGAAUUUAAUAUCUGGUGAUUCUAAUCUUGCUCCAGAGAUUGGCAUGCAGGAGAUUACCAUGUAUUCAGGUGAAGAACCUCCUGCUGAAGGACACCUGAAGAGUGACUGUUAUGGAAGUGAACAGGGUGUGAGUAUAGACCUUAAUGUAAAUAGUCAUUUAAUUACUAAAGAGAUGGAACAUAAUACAGCGUCUGCUGCCAGUACUGGGGGUGUCGGUGAAAUUGGCGAAGAGAAAAUUUUACCUGUCAAUGAGACUGAACAAUGCACAGUGUUGGUUACCUGCCCUGGUGUUAGUGAGGCUGAAGUAGGAGGAAGUCUGUCUUCUGUUGAUCCUCUUGCUCUUGAACCUGAUGCGAAGGGAACUAGUGAGGGUAUUGAAUUUGCCACAGCAUCUGCUCUCAGUUCAGUUAAUAAAUACGAUGUUGAAGUAUCUCUAACUACUCAAGAUACUGAACAUGACAUGGUAAUUUCCACCAGCCCCAGUGGUGGCAGUGAAGCUGACAUAGAGGGACCUUUGCCUGCUAAAGACAUUCAUUUUGAUGUACCAUCUAAUCAUAACCUUGUUGGUGAGGAUGCAGAAGGACCAUUACCUAUGAAGGAGAGUGACCAGGCAGUAGCAGUUGCCCUUAGCCCCAAAGAAAGUAGUGGAGAAGAUAAAGAAGUAUCUCUCCACAGUGAAGAGAUCUUGCCUGAUACAGGGUUUUCUGCCAACAUUGAGGACAUCAACGAAGCAGAUUUAGUGAGGCCAUUACUUCCUAAGGACAUGGAACGUCUUACAAGCCUUAGAGCUGGUAUUGAAGGACCUUUACUUCCAAGUGAGGUUGAACGUGAUAAAUCUGCUGCUAGUCCAGGUGUAAUUGGUCUGCCAGAAAGAGCUUCAGAGUCUUCUUCAGAGGAAAAAGAUGAUUAUGAAAUCUUUGUAAAAGUUAAGGACACACAUGAAAAAAGCAAGAAAAAUAAGAACCGUGACAAAGGUGAAAAAGAGAAGAAAAGAGACUCUUCAUUAAGAUCUCGAAGUAAGCGUUCCAAGUCUUCUGAACACAAAUCACGCAAACGUACCAGUGAAUCUCGUUCCAGGGCAAGAAAGAGAUCAUCUAAAUCCAAGUCUCAUCGCUCCCAAACACGUUCACGGUCACGUUCAAGACGCAGGAGGAGGAGCAGCAGGUCAAGAUCAAAGUCUAGAGGAAGGCGAUCUGUAUCCAAAGAGAAGCGCAAAAGGUCUCCAAAGCACAGAUCCAAAUCCAGGGAGAGGAAAAGAAAAAGAUCAAGCUCUAGGGAUAACCGGAAAACUGUUAGAGCUCGAAGUCGCACCCCAAGCCGUCGGAGUCGGAGUCAUACUCCGAGUCGUCGAAGAAGGUCUAGAUCUGUGGGGAGAAGAAGGAGCUUUAGUGUUUCUCCAAGUCGGCGGAGCCGCACCCCGAGCCGGCGGAGCCGCACCCCGAGCCGGCGGAGCCGCACCCCCAGCCGUCGGAGCCGCACCCCCAGCCGGCGGAGCCGCACCCCCAGCCGGCGGAGCCGCACCCCGAGCCGGCGGAGCCGCACCCCGAGCCGGCGGAGCCGCACCCCGAGCCGGCGGAGCCGCACCCCGAGCCGGCGGAGAAGAUCAAGGUCUGUGGUAAGAAGACGGAGCUUUAGCAUAUCUCCAGUCAGAUUAAGGCGAUCACGAACACCCUUGAGGAGAAGGUUUAGCAGAUCUCCCAUCCGUCGUAAACGGUCGAGGUCUUCGGAAAGAGGCAGAUCACCUAAACGUUUGACAGAUUUGGAUAAGGCUCAAUUACUUGAAAUAGCCAAAGCUAAUGCAGCUGCCAUGUGUGCUAAGGCUGGUGUUCCUCUACCGCCAAACCUAAAACCUGCACCUCCACCUUCAAUAGAAGAGAAAGUUGCUAAAAAGUCAGGAGGAGCAACUAUAGAAGAACUAACUGAGAAAUGCAAACAGAUCGCACAGAGUAAAGAAGAUGAUGAUGUCAUAGUGAAUAAGCCUCACGUUUCGGAUGAAGAGGAAGAAGAACCUCCUUUUUAUCAUCAUCCCUUUAAACUCAGUGAACCCAAACCCAUUUUUUUCAAUUUGAAUAUCGCUGCAGCAAAGCCCACUCCGCCAAAAAGCCAGGUAACAUUAACAAAAGAAUUUCCUGUGUCGUCUGGAUCUCAACACCGAAAAAAAGAGGCGGAUAGUGUUUACGGAGAGUGGGUCCCCGUAGAGAAAAAUGGUGAAGAAAACAAAGAUGAUGAUGAUAAUGUUUUCAGCAGCAAUUUGCCCUCUGAGCCUGUGGACAUCUCUACAGCAAUGAGUGAGCGAGCACUUGCUCAGAAAAGACUGAGUGAGAAUGCAUUUGACCUUGAAGCCAUGAGCAUGUUAAACCGAGCUCAGGAGCGGAUUGAUGCCUGGGCUCAGCUGAACUCCAUUCCUGGCCAGUUCACAGGAAGUACCGGAGUACAGGUUCUGACACAGGAACAGUUGGCCAAUACUGGUGCCCAAGCCUGGAUUAAAAAGGAUCAGUUCUUAAGAGCAGCCCCGGUAACUGGAGGAAUGGGAGCCGUUUUGAUGAGAAAAAUGGGCUGGAGAGAAGGAGAAGGAUUAGGAAAAAAUAAAGAAGGAAAUAAGGAACCUAUUCUAGUUGAUUUUAAGACAGACCGAAAAGGUCUCGUUGCAGUAGGAGAAAGAGCACAAAAGAGAUCUGGGAACUUCUCUGCUGCAAUGAAGGAUCUGUCAGGCAAACAUCCUGUGUCUGCCUUGAUGGAAAUCUGUAAUAAGAGAAGGUGGCAACCACCUGAAUUUCUCUUGGUCCAUGAUAGUGGCCCUGAUCAUCGCAAACAUUUUCUCUUUAGGGUAUUGAUAAAUGGAAGCGCUUACCAGCCCAGCUUUGCCAGCCCUAAUAAGAAGCAUGCUAAAGCCACAGCAGCUACUGUGGUUCUUCAAGCGAUGGGCCUUGUACCAAAGGACCUCAUGGCUAAUGCCCUUGCUUCAGGAGUGCCUCACGUAGAUAGAUUGAGGUUUUAUAGUAAUCAUUUCAGAAUUUUACUCUGCAUCAAAAUGUAUCUCCUCCUUAAUGUUGUAAAUAUUUGGCAAUUUAAGACACUGUGUAAAAAGCAAUCUGUACAAACAUCUCCAGGCUUUGAUUUUUGUACCAUGGAAAUUGUAUUUAACCAUACAGGGUUUUGGUAUGUUUAUAUUGUUUACCUUAGUGAUGUAUUUGUUUAAGUGGCUAACAUCCAAACAAUCGAUUGUUUGAAGGCAUCAGUAAUCUUCAGUGUGGAAUGUGAAAUAAUGCUUUUAUAUUGUCUUUUGUACUAUGCUGUAACUCCCUCCCUGUGGCUAGGCUGCUGUAACACUUGCCUGUAAUCACUGAGGGGCUGUGCACCUUGUUUCACAAUGGUUCUGCUGGACAGACUCUGGGCCAGUGUUAGCAAGGUGAUCAAGCAACAUCAUUCCACAGGGCUAAUGCCACCACCUCCCCUUCAAAUUUUGUAGAGGCUCUAAGAAGAAAGUGGUAUGUUGUGUGGUGGUUGGCACUAAGUCCUGCGUUCCUGUUAAAGCCACUUGGGCCAUAAGAAGGGAGUCAAAAUGAAGUCUGAGUAGGAUUUCUGCAGAGGCCAAGUCCAUUUUAGUAUGGCAUUGAGUUGUGACAUAGUUUUACUUUGAUGUGCAUUCUGAAUUUCAGCUACACCUAGGUAGAUUAAAAACGAUAAUUAAAAUGCUGUAACCAACUUAUCUAAUAAAAUCGGCACCCAGCCACUAUUUUGUUGACUAUGAGAAAGUUUAAGUUCAUGUUAAUUUUUAGGGUCUGCUAGACUAUUUCAUGUGUAUUACAGUGGUAUUCAUAUGCUAUGUCUCUAAACUUUAUUUUCAAAAGCUUAAGGCCCAAAUACAAACUUCUCUGGAAUAAA